AUGCCGGGCUUCACCUGCUGCGUGCCGGGCUGCUACAACAACUCGCACCGCGACAAGGCGCUGCACUUCUACACCUUCCCCAAGGACGAGGAGCUGCGGCGCCUCUGGCUGAAGAACGUCUCCCGGGCGGGCGUCAGCGGCUGCUUCAGCACCUUCCAGCCCACCACGGGCCACCGCGUCUGCAGCGAGCACUUCCAGGGCGGCCGCAAGUCCUACCUGGUGCGGGUCCCCACCAUCUUCCCGCUCCGCGGCGUCAACGAGCGGAAGGCGCAGCGGGCCGCCCGCCGCCCCCGCCCCGCCGCCGCUGCUGCCGCCGCCGCCGCCUCCGCCUCCGCCGCGCAGGGCCCCGGUGGUGCCGCCGCCGCCGCCGCCGAGGCCCCGGCAGGGGGCGCGGCCGAGGACGUGAAGCCCAUCGACCUGACGGUGCAGGUGGAGCUCGGGUCCGGGGCGCCGGCUGGGCCCGGCCCCGGGAGGCUACCGGCGGCGGCGGGGGAGGAGGGCCCGGUGGAGGGCGGCCCUCCGGAUCACUCGUACUCGCUGUCGUCGGGCACCACGUCGGAGGAGUUGCUGAGGAAGCUGAACGAGCAGCGCGACAUCAUCGCGCUGCUGGAGGUGAAGAUGAAGGAGAUGAAGGGCAGCAUCCGCCGCCUGCGCCUGGCCGAGGCCCAGCUCCGCGAAGAGAUCCGCGAGAAGGACCGGCUGCUCCACGCCGCCAGCGCCGGGACCCGCAAGCGCCACGGUCUCUGAGGGCCA